AGUAGAAGCAAAAGCGGAAGUCCAAACUGUACCUUGUGUGUAUGCUUAGGUGCACUAGGUAGCGUGUUAGAAGCCUCGACGUAGUGCGCGUUACUAGGCAACGCAUCUUGAUUGCGGAUCGAGCCAACGAAGAACUCGAUAGUAAACAAACACGACGCGUUGUAGCUGUAAAGUAGCUCUAAGGGUUUAUUAUACACACGUCAUCCCGUAAAUGAUGGUGUUUAGGUGUUAAUCCGCUAUGCAGAGCGUUUGUUCAGCUAGUUUAUCGUCACCUGUCCUGUGUUUAUCACACGGCUCAGGGCUGGUGGACUCCGCCAUUGACUACUUCAUCAUCAGGAAUGAUUUCUACUCUGCGUUUGAGGCGUGUGAGAAGGGACUGGAGAGUUUAUCUCGUGUAGAUGCGCAGGAACAAACCUGUUCCAGGCAUGGAGAGUUGAAAGCAGCGCUCUGCAUCAUUGGGAUUCAAGCUCUGGCUGAGUUAAACCAGUGGCGUGAUGUUCUGAAAUGGGUUUCGCAGCAUUAUGGUGAAACAGAGCAAAUUCCUGCAAAGAUCAUGCAGAUGUGCAUUCUUCUCUACACCAAGGUGACCGAGCAGGCAGCGGUACAGGAGGAGGUGAGGACAUGGCUGCACUGCUCUGCUAACUCGAGUCUGUCAGGUUACAGCAGCGUGGCCGAGCUCUACAUCCUGCAUGUCCUUCUGCCGCUGGGCCAAACCACAGAGGCCAAGGAGCUGCUGAUGGGUAACGUGGGACAAGUCGCCUUUACAGAGGCCCAGAGACAAACCGCACUGACGAUACUCGAGGAUCAUGAUGCUAAAAAGAAAAACCAUUCAUAUCCAAACCCUGAACCAGUCCCUGUGGAAACAGAGAACGUGACGAUAUCUCGAGGGUCAGUGGUGAGGAAGUUGAAUGCAGUUAUGAGGUUGUUGUACAGAGGACUCUCUUUGGCUGGUGUCACUACCUGGUCACGCUUUAUUCACAGAACCGCUGUUCUUCUAUUCCUGCUCUACCUGCUGCUCCUAAGGAUGGACCCAGCUCUUCCCUCGGCUUAUCCAUGGAUCCUCCGGCUGUAUGUACUCUGGCAGCAGAUGUGGAAUGCCAUGUUUGGACCAUACUACAGGGUUUCUUCCUGAAAAAUCCAAAAAAGAAAAUGUUUAUUUUGAACAAUAAGUUAUAGAAACACAGCAAGCAGCUGGUUGUAAUGAACACAACUGUGAUUUAUGUGUGCUUGGACAGAAAGACUCUUCAGUAAUGACGGUUGUUCUCACAAGUGCUUAAAAAAUACAGACAUGUACUUUUUCUGGUCCCAGCUGUCUGUAAGCUCAUGUGUCUUAACCAUGUCUUUUACCUGGAUAGCAUGUAGUGCAUGAUAGUAAAAGCUUAUUUAAGCUACAAAAGUCAUCUUUAUUGUCCUUAUAGUCCUUUUACAAGGUAGACUAAACUAAAGGCACAAGAAGAUAUACCCCAGUGAUAAGGAAAGACACAAUUCAGCAUCAUUUUUCCUGAAGAUUAAUCACACUACUGUUCUCUGAGACUUAUCAGGAUUUUCGCUUUUACUUAAUACACCAGAAGUAAACUAGUGUUUACAGAUCCUCUAUGUAGACAGAUGUUAAACUGGGAAGUUAUACUCCUUACACAGGUGCCACCAAUAUGGGAACAGUACAGUACACAUUCACACAACGCCUGAGGAACCUCUCACUUCUGGGCAGGGCAUUUGUUAAUUACAGUGGAUGUAAAAAGUCUUUACACUCCUGGUAAAAUCUCCGAUAUCUGUGAUGGAAAACGGUGUGUAAUUUCAGAUCUUUUUCCACAUUUGGUAUGAUGUAGCAAAUAACCAAAUUCAGGUAAAAUCAAUUGGAAUGGGUUUUUUUGUGCAAUAACGAAUGAUCCGCUGUUACUGUAGGAUUUCUUGGCAUCUUCUUUUUUAAUGGCUGCUAAAUCCAAAGAGAUUAUAUUUAAAAAAAUUGUGUGUUUAUGUAAAUUCUGUACAGGAUCUCAGACCAUGUAUCAUGGAGGCCAUCGUCAGCAAGUGGAGAAAACGAGGCACCAUAAUGACAUCCCUCUAAAACUGACAAAAGGCCAAGAAUAAAACUUUCAUGUUGCUGAUAAAAGAAAGACACUGUGUUUAUAACAGAGCCUGAUAGUGAUAGUCAAUCUAUCUAUCUGUCUUUUCAACUGUACAAAUAUUGGCAUCAUUAUUAAUGGAGAGAAUUUUUGUCACUUUUUUCUGAAAACAUUUCAACCUUUUUAAACAUUAAACAUUUCAACAGUC